AUGACAUUUAUUAUUCAUUCUCUUCAUAAACAUAAUCGUUUUACAUUCUCUUAUAAAUCAACUUCAUUUUCUUAUAUUUCAUCGAUUUCUCAAGAUCGUUUUAAAAUUGAACUUACGGAACGUGCAGCCAACCAAAUUUUAAAUAUCGUUAAGAAAGAAAAAAAUCCACAACUUUUACUUCGGGUUAUCACAGAAAGCGGUGGAUGUCAUGGGUAUCAAAAUCAAUUUAGCUUAACUGAAGAAAUACAAAGUAAUGAUAGAGUGUUUGAAAAAGAUGGAGCACGAGUUAUAAUUGAUCCAAUUAGUUUAAAUUUAAUUAAUGGAUCUAAAAUUGAUUACGUUUCAGAACUUAUAGGAGAAUCUUUUAAAGUAAUUGAUAAUCCAUUAGCAAAGUCAAUUUGCGGGUGCGAAACGUCUUUUGAUAUUGAAAUGUCAGAAAAAAAAUAG